GAGCGGGAGCAGUGCGCGCGGGUCGGAAGUCUCAUUCCGAGAGAAAAGAGAAAAACAGAAAUAAAACAAUAAAGCAACAACAAAUAAACACUGUCAAAACUUUGCGAAUAUGGACCAUCACACAACAUAGCGAUACACGGACUGAUAAAGCAGCGUUAGGACUGAUAUAUAAGCGCUCAUAAGGCGGACUGAGGGGCGCCGGGGAAGAGUUAUCCGUUAGCCGCUAAAUGCUAACGCACGAGACUAACUCACUGAUUUAUGAUUUGACUGAUUUCAGUGGGAUUUCUGAGAUAUAAACCGCACAAUCUGAGGGAUAGUAAACACAGGAGUGGACGUGCUGUUAGUGGGACGUGUGUUAGUGAGUUUAAAAAGGCGGUUUUAGCAGUUUUUUCGGCGGCCGCUAAAGUCGAGGCCUGCUGUAUGAGGAGUUUUAGGUAGCAGUCAGGUAAACAACUCUGCUUUCCUGUGAAACCAGCUCUUUUACUCGUGUUAGGGCAGUAAAGUGGUUAAGAUGUCGGCCCAGGCCCAGAUGAGAGCCAUGCUGGACCAGCUGAUGGGGACUGGCAGAGAUGGCGACACCAUGCGUCAGAGGAUCAAGUUCACAGAUGAGCGUGUGUGUAAGAGUCACUUGCUGGAGUCCUGUCCGCACGAUAUACUGUCAGGAACUCGCAUGGAUCUGGGAGAGUGUGUGAAGAUUCACGAUCUGGCUCUGAGAGCGGAUUAUGAGAUCGCAUCUAAACAGCAGGAGUUUUUCUUUGAGCUGGAUGCUGCUGAGCAUCUUCAGUCCUUUAUCGCAGACUGUGACCGAAGAACCGAACUGGCCAAAAAACGACUGGCAGAAACGCAGGAAGAGAUCAGCGCUGAAGUCGCCGCAAAGGCGGAGCGCGUGCACGAGCUGAACGAGGAGAUCGGGAAGCUGCUGGCGCGUGCAGAGCAGCUAGGCGGCGAGGGGAACGUGGACGAGGCCCAACAGGUGCUGGAGAAGGUGGAGAAGACACGCACUCUGAAGAAAGAGGCAGAGGACAUCUACCGCAACUCCAUGCCUGCGUCCAGUUUCCAGCAGCAGAAGUUGCGUGUGUGUGAGGUGUGCUCUGCUUACCUCGGCCUCCACGAUAAUGACCGCAGACUCGCAGAUCAUUUCGGAGGAAAACUGCAUAUAGGCUUCAUCGAAAUCCGAGAAAAACUUGAAAAACUGAGGAAAGCUGUGACGGAGAAGCAGGAGCGUAUGCGCACGAAGAGGAGAGAGGAGCGCGACCGAGAGGAGGAGCGAGCCCGAGAGUGGGAGAUGGAGAGAGAGAGGGAACGAGAGAGAGAGCGGGAGAGAGAGAGAGAACGAGAAAGGGAGAGAGAGAGGGACAGAGAGAGAGACCGCAGGAGGUCCAGAUCCAGGAGUGGAGAACGCUAUCGGGAAGGAGGAAGCUCGUCUUCUCAUCGCUCUCGCCGUCAUCGUGAGGAUGGAGAGAGAGAACGGGAGCGAGAGAGAAAACACAGACACAAAGAUCGCCAUCGCUCUCGCUCUCAUUCACACAGGAGCAAGAGGAAGAGGUCUUCCCACACCAGAGAUCAGGAGCGUCCGCCGUCCGAGGAGCUGUGGAGGGAGAGCUGCGCUGUGGAGGAGCGGUGGCGGGACGACGGCCGGCGGGACACAGAGAGAGAGAGAUCGCCCAGCACCGAGCUGAGCCGCAUGAGGGAGCGCGAGCGGUCUGUGUCUCUGGAGAGAGAACAGAGAUCCAGCUCUGAGGAGAGAGAGUCUGGAGAGAUCUAAAACACCGCCGUCUGAAAACACAUGAUGCAGAGAGAGAGAGAGAGAGAGAGAGAGAGAGAGAGUGUGUGUGUGUGUGUGUGUGAGAGGUAUGUGUGUGUGCAUGUGUGAGGGAAUGUGUUUAGGAGUGUAUGUAGCAUGCUAGUGUGUGCAUUUAUAAGUGCAUGUGUGGUCGCCCCUGUAUGUGAGUGUAUGUGAAAGUGUGUGUGUGUGUGUGUGUUUGUUUCAGAAAGAGAGAGUCUGGAGAAGUCUAGAACAACAUGAUCAGAAUCAGAUCCUGAUGGCCAGUGAGCGCAGAGAGAGUGUGUGUGUGUGUGUGUAAGCGUGUGUGUGUGUGUGCACGCAUGAGAGAAUGUGUGUAAAAGUGUAUGUGGCUGUGCUUGUGUGUGCAUGUAAGUUUGGGUGGUCGCCCUUGUGUGUGAGUGUUUGUAGGAGUGUGUGUGCAUGAAUGUGCAAACAAUUUUUUGCUCGUGUGAAGAAGUCUAGAACAACAACUGAUCACAAUCCGAUCAUCCUGAUGUCCAGUGAAUGCAGAGAGAGUGUGUGUGAGCGUCCUUGAGUGUGCAUGCGGGAAAGAAUGUGUGUAAGAGUGUAUGUACGCAUGCAUGUGUUUUUGCCCUUGUUUGUAAGUGGUUGUAAGAGUGAGUGUGUGUAUAAGUGUGCAAACAAUUGCUUGUGUGUGUGUGUGUGUCUCAGAGAGAGAGAGUCUGAAGAAGUCUAGAACAACAUCUGAUCACACUCUGAUCCUGAUGGCCAGUGAAUGCAGUGUGCAAGUGUGUAUGUGUGGUCGCCCUUUGUAUGCAAGUGUGUGAGAGUGUGUGUGUGUGUGAGAGAGUGAGAGCUGCAUCAUUAUUUGACCCUCAGACAGUCGGAGUUGCUCUGAUCUUCUCUGCAAACCAAAAGAACAGCUGAGGGAGGGAAGGGAGCGAGCGCGUUUAGACGUAGUUCAAUUUUUUAUGUUGCAAAGAAAAUAAAAUAAGAGCAGGCGGAGGAAGAAAAGCCCUGCGGGAUAUAAAACCACCACUGAAGAAGUCUUGUUCAUCAUUUUACAACUGCUUAUUAUUAUUUUCCUUUUUUAUUAAAGCUCUUUGAAUGACUGAUUUGACGUGGAGAUUGUUAUUUUGCUCUUCUCUGUUCUGCUGAUUUCAUUUCACCUGUAAACCUGGAUUAAAAUGUGAUUUCUUUUCCUUCCUCCUACAAAAACCGCACCAGUGUCUGCACACACGAGCCUCCGCACGCGUCUCUGACUGGGUUGUUACAUGGUUUCUGACGGUACGUGAUGUGUGCGGAGCUCCUCUUUGGAUCACUCUUUGGUUUUGCGGUGUUGAGCGGUUGUCUUGAAAACUUCAUCUUGCCUUGUCAUUCAUGCUAUGAAACAAUAAAUCUGUUGCUUUCAUUGUU